UUGAAGCGGAAGUUGAAGCGAAUCAACUUGAACGCGCGCGAGCACCCUAUAGUGCAAUACGUCACGCACAAUAAUUUCCGUUUGCAAUAAAAAUAAAUUUCAAGUGCCUUUUUCCACGCCGAAAGCAGUGUACGCGAUGCAAGUAGAGCUCCAGGGAACGCCUUUCUUGCAACGCGGUUUGCAUAAGCCCGCAACUCUGCUGCUUCUAACACUCGUGUUGAAGCUACUCGACUCCACCACGGCUUUAGCUAUCGACAAAACGGACGGUGGCAGCAGCACGCUGCAGAUUGAGCAACCCUCGCAGCCACUGCUCGACCAUACGCAAACGCAUUUCUUGCCAAAUCGCACGGGCAUUGUAGAACUAUUCGAAUGGAAGUUCGCCGACAUUGCCGCGGAGUGCGAGCAGUUUUUGGGUCCGUACGGCUAUGCGGGUGUACAGAUCUCACCCGUCGCCGAGCAUUUAGUUGUGUCCUCCGACACCAUCGUUCAGCAUCCGUGGUGGGAGCGUUAUCAACCGCUCUCGUUGAAAAUCGCUUCACGUUCCGGCGAUGAGGCGGAGUUUCAGCAAAUGACUCAGAUCUGUAAUGCGGCAGGUGUGCGUGUCUAUGUCGAUGUGGUGCUCAAUCAUAUGGCAGGCGCUUACGACGAGGAGACUGCUAGCGGGCAGCGGUUGCUUGUAGGCUUUGCGGGUUCUACCGCCAAUGCGAGUUCGUUCGACUUUCCAACGAUAGGCUUUGUUCGUCGCCACUUUCAUAAACCUUGUGAUUUGUCGGAUUAUAUGGAUGCUCAUGUUGUGCGUAAUUGUGCAUUGAAUGGUUGGCCCGAUUUGGAUCAUUAUCGUCUGGAUGUGCGUGCAAAUUUGACGGAUUUUCUUAAUCGUUUGGUAGACCUGGGCGCAGCGGGAUUUCGUGUUGACGCCGCGAAGUACAUUUGGCCGAUUGAUAUUAAGCUUCUUUUCAAGGGUGUCACGAAUCUCAAUAGCGAGGAUUUCGAUUUUCCCGAAAAUGCACGACCAUUUGUGUAUCAAGAUGUCGUUGAUUUGGGUGUUGAUGCGAUAUCGAAAACCGAAUAUUCCAGCUAUGGCAUGGUCACCGACUACCUUUACGCUGCCGAAUUGGCUAGUAUAAUCAGCGGUAAAGUACCACUGAGCUCGCUCAUCAACUGGGGUCCGGCAAUGGGUUUCUUACCGCACCAGCAAGCGCUCGUUUUCGUCGACAGUCAUGAUGCACAACGCGACCGAAGGCUACUGGGCGCUAAUCAGUUACUUUCCUACCGGCAACCAAGGAAAUAUAUCAUGGCUACAGCUUUCAUGUUGGCACAUCCAUAUGGGCGAGUUAAACGGAUUAUGAGCUCUUAUUAUUUUGCCGCACAACAACCAGAGCAAGGACCUCCAAUGGAGGUGGAGGAGGAGGAGGAUGAGAAGGCCGAAACGGAAGUUGAAGCAGAAGAUGAAGUUGGUGAUGGUGAGGUCGCCGAAGGAGACGAAGAACCGGCGGAGGCUGAUGACGGUGGAGAAGAGCCAACCGAAGGAGAUGAAGAGCCAGCAGCGGCAGAUGACGAUGCAGAUGUAGAUACUACAGCUGUGCCAUCACCACGAAUUCGCUCACCAACUUUUGACGUGUCAACUGGUCGCUGUGAGUUCGUCUCUGGUUGGGUGUGUGAGCAUCGUUGGCCGCCCAUCGUACAAAUGAUACGACUGGUGAAUACGCUCAGCGAGCUGGAGGAUGGUGUCAUCAAUUUCCAAACAGACGGUCCGAAUCACAUAGCCUUCUGUCGUGGCAACAAAGCCUUCUUUGUAUUUAACAACGAUGCACGCUUGGCUUACGAUGCUCAAGUUGAGACUUGCCUACCGAGUGGUGUGUAUUGUGAUGUGAUUAGUGGCGGACGUGCGGAGAAUGGCGAGUCAACAACGGAUUGUGUGGGAAAACGUGUUGUUGUGGAUGUAGAGGGUAAAGCACAUAUCAUGUUGCCAGCUGUGUUUGGCGGGGAAGGGGAUGAAGCUGUGGUCGGAAGUGAUUACGAUGAAGCGGAAGUAGAGGCCAAUUAUGCCUACGGAGUGGCAGUCGGCGUUGAGGGUGAGUUUGGUGUGCUGGCCAUAUAUGAUGGAUCGAGAUUAGAAGGUGACGCUGAGAAACCACCAACAGUUGUUGAAGACGAAGGGGAUGCGGAGGACGCAGAGGAUGCCACCGGUUUAACGGAAGAAGAGAAUGUCACAAAGGAAGAUGUAUCACCUGAAGAACUGGAAGACGCAGCCGUAGAGACAAAGAGUGCUAAGUUAGAGGAAGCGGCGACCGACGCGAGUGUUGAAAAUGAGAAUGCAGAAGGUGAAGAAGAAAAGGAAGAGGGGAAAGAAGAAGAAGAAGAAGAAGAGGAGAAAAAAGAGGAAGAAGAAGAAGAAGUGAAACCUGCAGAUGAGGAGGAAACAGGUGAAGCUGCAGGUGAUGAUAUGGAAACUGUUGCUGCAGUUGAAGGAGGAGCAGCAACGGAAGCUGAAGGAGAAAAUGAAGCAAAAGAAGAAGGCGAGCCUGUGGUAGAAGAGCAGCCUGUCGAAGAAGAAUCUUCAGUAGCACAAGCAAAUGAAGUGUCAGCCGACGAACCCACGGAAUCCCCAGAUCAACCGCUCAAUGAUCAGCCAGUAGGGGCGGAAGGCCCAGCAGUUGUUAAAGUUGACGAAGGAACGCCUGAUGAACAUAAAGCUCAACCUACGCUUGUUAUGCACGACAUACAACAAGCUAUAAGCGAUGUUGCAAAGAAUGUUGAUGGCUAUAAUGAAUUUAUAUUACGAACCGGGGUUAAUGAUGGUGUUAGUGGUGUUGUAGAGGAGGCAAAUGAGGUUAUUGCAAAAGCGGGUUUCGGUAAUAACAAAAAAAGUGGUGUAUCCAGAUCACAAAGCUUGGGAUUGUGCACUUUACCCAUUUUAAUUAUUGCAAUUUUAAUAAAUUUUUAAGGCACUCAAUGUGAAUAAAAUGUGAUGUGAGAUUUCCAUU